UCACUUCACAGUUCUGCGUUCAUACCACCACUGCGAACGCCUCAGCUGUCUAAUGCUCAACGAAUUUUUACACACUCUCGUAACCUUGUCUCCAGAUUCUUUGCUCAUUUAACCACUCCAGGACUUGCGCAUUCUGUCUCAGUCGCUCCCAGUCACUCGCUUGUCCGUCCUGCUCAUUUCCAUUCCACUGCUCAGAGCGUUAAAGCAUCAUACUCACUCCCCGUGAGAAAUGCGCUCUACCACCCCUUAUCUUUACCACGCCUUCCUCGUCCGACUCCCAUCCCCGGAAACGUAGCUAAUGUUGGUCUUGGCACCGUUCGUUCAUUCCAUUCUGCGCGCCCUAUAUUCCAGAAUAUCGUGGAUAACGUUCCUAUUGCCACCCGUGCACUUUGGGAGGCUGAAUGGGAACUCAAGGCGAAGAAGAAGGAGGAGCGCAGAUUGUGCAAAGCUAAGGAAAAUGUGGCACCCAAAAAGACUAAAGAGAUGCUCAAGCCAAAGCAGAGGUCAAUUGUUGCUGAAGUCCCUACCGAAUUCGAUAUCUCUGAACUUGACCAUUAUAUGCCACAACCUGCUUUGCCGGAAGUCACGACUUGUCUUCUCGUUCCUAUCGCUCCUACUCCCACUGCUCGUCUGCCCCUAUCUGCACAUUCCACCGCGGGAAUUAGUCCGCUCCAUCCGCUUCUGCCUGUACCUGAAAUCGCUGCUGCGCAUAGGAUGCAUCGUAACCAUUCGCUUCGUGUGUCCACUCUUUUUUCCCGAUUGGAUGGUGCAAAUGUGUGGGAUGAUCCUGGCGUCGGCGUUGAUGCCUACGCCUUUGCUCCCGGUUUAGGAGAUAAUCAAAGCGAUAAGCAGUGCACGAUACUCCGGGUUACAUUUGCAGGUUGGACAGCUGCCCAAGUACGUAGUGUCACUGGAGAGAGCGGACAAGGAUGGUGUGCUCUCGAAGAAGUUCACUCAGACGCCAUGUCUGCUUCUUCGCAGAUGAGUGCUAUCGAUGACCAAGAGAUUCCAUCAAGUCCCAAGUCUGUUGCUUCCAGUGUCGAGUUCGGUUCAGCAUCCUUGUCGGAACUGGACUACGGCAAUGAUGCUGAUAUCGGUUCAGACAUUGAACUUGAUUCGGAUGAUUGGGACUACGGGAUCGGGUUAUCGCCAUUUCCCGACGUACAAGACAACUUCGUUCUGCCAACGCUAGACUUUUCAUCAUCAUUUACGCGGGUUGUGCCUUCUACGCAAUCAUGGGCUCUACCGCCGCAGCUUCGCACAGCGUCGGAGCUUGCCGAAGAGUUUGGCGAUGUAUGGUCCCCCACUUUAUCGUCAUCGCUCUCGCUGUCACCCUCGUAUGACUGUCUGUCUGAUCGGGAGGCAGAUGUAAUCCCACGUGUCGCAGAAGGUCAAAUGGAGAGAUCGUGGCUGGGGGUUAGCAUGGGGCUGAGCUCCUCGUUCACUGAGAGACUUGAGGCGCUGCGAUAG